AUGGAUGAGUAUGAAGCAUGUAUUCUGGGUCUUAUUGCUGCCAUUGAGCAUAAAGUAAAAACAAUCAAAGUCUAUGGGGAUUCGACUCUGGUAAUUUAUCAACUUAGAAAUGAAUGGGAAACUAAAGAUUCCAAGUUGGUGGAAUACCGUAAGUUGGUCCUGAAACUCAUCAGAGAGUUUGAAGAAGUGACAUUUCAUUACCUCCCCAGAGAAGAGAAUCAAAUGGCAGAUGCUCUAGUCACUUUGGCAGUAGCCUUGAAAGUCAAUGAACAUUCAAGUAUGAUGUCUAUUGGGAUGCAAGCUUAUGGGUAUCCAACCCACUGUUAUAGCAUCGAAGAGGAAGAUGAUGGAAAUCUCUGGUAUUAUGAUAUCCUGUUAUACAACAAAUAUCAAAACUACCCUAACCAAGCAACUGAGAAUGACAAAAGAACUAUUCGAAGAAUGGCUACACGAUAUGUGAUUGAUGGAGAGAUCUUGUACAAGAAAAGUCAUAAUCAGGUUUUGUUGAGGUGUAUGGAUACCAAAUAA